GUGUUUGGAGGAACUGGCAAGCAUACACUGUCUCUUCACACGAUCAAACCAUGGAGAUAUCACAUAUUUUGUGUGUUUUAUGUACCUUCUGUCUAUUAGGUAUCGAUGCUAUUAUGUUCAACCUUUCUCCUAAUGAGAAAAAAUGCUUGAGAGAAGAAAUUCACAAAGAUGUCCUUGUAACCGGCGAGUACGACUUGUCAGAUGCUCCAAAUCAGCGGACGUCACUGAAGGUCACAGAUUCUAAAGGGCAUAUUUUGUACUCAAAGGAUGAUGCCAAAAAAGGGAAAUUUGCAUUUACAACAGAAGAAUAUGACAUGUUUGAAGUUUGUUUUGAAUCAAAAGUUAUGUCUGGUGGGAUGGUUAAUCCUAGACAAGUGGACCUUGUGAUGAAACAUGGUGUUGAAGCAAAAAGUUAUGAAGAUUUGGCAAAAGCUGAAAAGUUAAAGCCACUGGAAGUGGAGUUGCGUAGGCUAGAGGAUUUAUCACAGUCCAUUGUUGAUGACUUCUCUUACAUGAGAGCCAGAGAAGAAGAGAUGAGGGAUACAAAUGAAUCUACCCACUCCCGAGUGAUGUACUUUAGUAUAUUUUCCAUGGCCUGUUUGCUGUCUCUGGCAACUUGGCAAGUGCUCUAUCUGAGAAGAUACUUUAAGGCCAAGAAGCUGAUCGAGUAACUGUAGAGCCACUGGCAAGGAAUUUAGCACACAAGGAAGAGUUCACAGCUGAGGAAUAAUGAGUCAUUCUACUAUGUGGAUUGCCAAAGCUACAGAAAAAGUGUGACUGCUGGUUUAGGAAAAGUCAGAACAACAUCCUGUGAAAUUCUAGUAAAUGGAAAGUGGUCACUUGUAAUCGGUGAAAGCUCUUUUAUUAAGAAUACUGUAUUUGACCUAAAAUUUCAUUCAUGACUAAACUACUGACUUUGCCUUAUUCUGAGAGAGACCUGUUGAUCUUAGAAUAGUGUUUUGUGGUUUGUUUGGAAGAUAGGAUGAUAUACUGCCGGAAAAAUGAGAGGUAAUAAGAAUUGAUGUUUUUUUACCUUUACUUCUCUCGAAAAAUGCACUGUUUUGGCGAAAAUUUGGAGCAAAUACAGUAAGUCAUUAUAUAGGCUGGAGGGAAGCUUUUGGGGGAGAUAAGCUUCUACUGAGAUGAUACACAUUGCAGCAGGGGUAGGGGGAUAAAAUUUUGGUGGGAUAAGGGAUGGGGACGGGAGAGAAAUAAAAAAAAAAACAUAUGGAGUCAGUUGAAUAUGGUGAAGGGAGUAGUUUGUUUUGUACCGUGUUAUAAUGUUCUAUUCUGAUAAUUACUUAUGGGGCUUUGUAACCAUGUAAUGUGUUAUGCAAAUAUAUAGUUAAAAUUCAUCCCAAAUAAGAUGACCUCUUUGGCUUGAAAUGAAAAGGAAAACUGACUACCACAAUUAUUUCAUGUAAAUGGAAUACUGGGUUAAAAAUGUGUGCAAAAUCUCAAAUGUUUAUUUUAAAACUCUGUUACUUUUGAUCAUCACACAUUUUGGUUUGAUUACCCCUGCCUUAAGUUAAACUGUCAUCGUAUUUAGCAUAUGAAACAUUCAUAUAUAAUAUUUUGUAUUACAAAUAAUCUGGCCUGUUCGUGCCAUUGUUUUAUAAUCUGUAUAUUGUAUAAACCGGUCAUAUGUAUAUAACCUCAAAAAUCAUCUUCAACCAAUUUGGAGCUGUAAAUGAUUUUAGUAAUGCAUGAACAGCCAUAACACCUUGCUUGCUAUGACUGCUUGGUAGAUGCAGUUCAUGUUGUCGAAAAUCUUACUUCGUAACGAGAAUUGGCUUCACGAGUCUAUCUCAUAUGAUGCUAAUCCCGCUCUAAAGCAUGGUUUCGGCUUACAUGAAUUUCACACCAUGCCUAGGCUACGUGUGUAACAAUAAAAAAAAUAACAAAAAAGUCACAAAAAAUAAAAAAUAAAAAUCAAGGGAAAAUCACCUUUUUGCACCUUGCUGUUUUCAGCAACAGCUGCAAGAAUGUUUUUUUCUGACGUAGAUUUGUAGGUAACCGCUGUAUAAUAAGAAUAUGUUCCGAUAACCACAGUGACAUCCUACGUGUUCAGUAUGAACAGGAACACUUUCAAUUCAAUGGUGUAUAUUUCAUUUAUUGUUUUAAGAUGCGUGCACUUCUGAAUAAUCAGAAGUGUUUACUAUCUAAUUAUAUAGCUGGACAAUUGUGUAUAAAUGAUGGAGAUUCGGAACAUCUGUUUAUAGGUAUGAAUUCAUAGAUCUGUGCUGAAUUUAAGUUUGUACAGCCACCAUAGUGCAUGAUGCCUGUAAUAUCAAGAUAUGAUUAGAGGUCUAGAAUUUUUAAAACUAUAUAAUAUUGUUAUAAGGGGAGUACACUUACCGCGUUGUUCACCAUAACAGCUUUAGUUCUGAUUUUAAUUCAUUUAUGAGCAGCGUAUGGUGCAUUUUUCAAUAAUUUAUUGUUAGAUUAAGGGACAUGUAAACAGUUACGCGUGGAGAAAAACUGUAGGCGUCUAACAACUGAAAACUUCGAACCAUAUACUGAAAACAAAUGUUUACAUUUUGAUAUGUACCCGUGUCAAAGAGUUCUCUCCCCUGGUCAGGAGGGUUUUCGUAGAUUGUGUAAACGUAGAUAAAAUAGGGCUAAUGUAGAAUAUUCAGUAACUUGCGUAAUUCAUAGGGAGUAUAGUUUCCGAUUCAAACAGGUCUGGGUAUUCUGAAUUAUGUCGCCGUGGGCCGCUGUUUUGUCAACACGUGUAAUUGUCAACACAAAGUGUGAACGCAUAAAGUUUGUCAUUACUUUGUAGUUAAUGAGCUUCUCGUCAUGUUUGCCUUUCGUUCUUGAAAAUAAAACUUUUACAAAUAAA